AUGGUUAGCAAGAUCCCGGACGGGCUCGCAGAUGCCCACGCUAUGCAGGAUCAACCCCACAAGAACACCUCUCCUGAGAGCACGCAUGCCAACAGGCUGACCAUCAUGAAUCUUCCGCCCGAGAUCCACAUACAGAUCACACGGCAACUCAUCUAUCCCGACGCUCUGUCCCUCAAGCACACCUGCCGCUACUUUUACACCUUUGUCGACACCGGGAUCAAGCUCAAGGUCGACUGGUUUCUGUCCCGUCGGCGUCUCCAUCUUGACUGCCCCAACGAGACCCGCUGCGACCUCGGCAGUGAUCUUCGUUUCUGCCGUGGAAGCGUUCCCCUUCUUAUGAAACGUCGCCGCGAGCAUAUCGAAUGCGAGAGCCGUCCUGGCUUGGGUUGCCUUAUCUAUGGCACCGCAACUUGCACACACCGGCGUCGUCCUGGAUUCUUCCAGCGCUGGUUCCGGAAGCGCCUGACCGUGGAGAUGUGCACAUCUGCGCCGUCCCUCUCGGUCUUCUCGGCCUUCUCGGUCUUCUCGAUCUUUCCAGUGUCUUCUGAGCCCAGCAGCAGCCGCCGCACCUUUUCGGCCACCAUGUCGUCGUUUGCGCCCAGCCCGAAGACACAGGAGCCGGUGAUCACGCGGGUGACGGACCUGAGCACGGCCGACGCCCGCUGGAUCGCGCUGAAGCGCAUCGAGUACGUCGACCAGGUCGGCAAGGCGCGCACGUGGGAGGUGGCGACGCGCAAGACGCGCGGCAGCGCCGGUGUUGAUGCGGUGGCCAUGGGCAACGUGCUGCGCCACCCAUCGCGGCCGCCGGCGACGCUAGUCGUGAUCCAGUACCGGCCGCCGCUGGACGCCUACACGGUCGAAUGGCCGGCCGGACUCGUGGACGCGACCGAGACGGCCGAGCAGGCGGCCGUCCGCGAAUUCAAGGAGGAGACCGGCUACGACUGCCGCGUCGUCAGCGUCAGCCCGCCACAGGCUGCCGACCCUGGCAUGACCAACGCCAACAUGCAGCUAGUCAUGGUCGACGUCGACCUGCCGGCCGACCACGACGGCCGCGCCCCCGACCAGCGGCUCGAGGACGGCGAGCACAUUGAGCGCGUCACCAUCCCGCUGGCCGACUUCUACGAUCGAUUGGUCGAGUAUGCCGCCCGCGACCGCUUCGUCGUCGCCGCCAAGCUCUUCCACUUUGCCGCCGGCAUGCGCUUCGCGCAGACGACAAAGCUGACAUGA